AUGGCGGAUCGAGACGGCUACGGGUCGGCGUCUCAGCCAGCGUCUCCCCGUCUGUCUCGCCGUCCGCAUCCCAUGCGUCGCCAACACUCGGCAAAUGAGCCAGACGAGCGCUCCCCACUGCUGCUCAGCACCUCCCGAUCCCACGUUCGAAUUCACAGCGGAGCUGCCUCGCCGCGGCGUGGCAACCUGUCUCGCGAACAGAGCUAUUCGGACAGCAGCAGAGGCACUCGGCAUCACAGCCGCCGCUCCUCCUGGGGCCAGCGCCUCGCCAAUGCCUUCUCCGAACGGUCCAUGUCAGAGUCCAAGGGCUCCAUCUUCCCAGACGAGCGGGUGUGGUACGAUCAGUUCACAAGCACCGACUGGGUGCACGAUACAAUUGCCGAUUCCUAUCGCGCCAGGGCGCUUCGCAGCAGGAAGGACUUUGGUGGCCGGAUCCUGACCAUCAUCGAUGGCGGCCAGGGCUGGAUUCUCAGUGCCCUCUGCGGCUUUGUCAUUGCCUUGAUAGCAUACACCGUCGACGUAGCCGAGUCCGUUGUGUUCGACUUCAAGGACGGCUAUUGCGCAAGAGCGUGGUAUUUUGACGAAAAGAGAUGCUGUCCUGGUGGACGCACCGAGUGCACCGACUGGAAGACAUGGUCCCAGGCAUUGCAUUACCACCCCUUCGGCGAGAAGUGGACUGACUUCCUCAUCUACGUCGUCUGCGUCAUCGGCUUCGCCCUCGCCUCGUGCUGGGUCGCCCUCUGGACCAAGACGGUGGUUCCCUCGGCGUACCGCCUGACCACGUUGGACGAAAAUCUUGCUGCCGAGGCUCCUCAGGCGGCCGAGGAAGGCGCCGGCGAUGACAGUGCCAGUCCCCGACAGGUGGUCGAGAGGAAGCCGGAAAACCCGCCAAUGGUCUACUACUCGGCAGCAGGCAGUGGCGUCGCCGAAGUGCGAGUCAUCCUCAGCGGGUUCGUCCUCCACGGAUUCCUGGGUCUGAGGACGUUGAUUUUCAAGAUGCUCUCGCUGAUUCUGAGCGUCUCUUCGGGACUGAGCAUUGGCAAGGAGGGCCCGUUCGUCCACAUGGCGACCUGCGUGGGCAACAUUGCGUGCCGUCUCUUUUCAAAGUACGACCGCAACGAUGCCAAGAGACGAGAGGUGCUCUCUGCUGCCGCCGCGGCCGGCGUGGCUGUUGCCUUUGGAGCGCCUUUGGGCGGCGUAUUGUUUGGGCUGGAGGAGGUGUCCUACUUCUUCCCAGCCAAGACGCUGUUUCGCACGUUCUUCGCCUGCAUCGUCGCCGCGCUGUCGCUUAAGUUUUUGAACCCAUACGGCACGCACAAGGUUGUCAUGUUCGAGGUUCGAUAUCUGGUCGACUGGGAGUACUUUGAGCUGAGUUCCUUCAUCUUUGUCGGCAUCCUCGGCGGCGCCAUGGGGGCUCUUUUCAUCAAGGCAUCCAAGUACUGGGCACAGAGCUUUCGCCGAAUCAAGGCCAUCAAGACAUAUCCUAUGCUGGAGGUGUUCCUCGUCGCCUCUGUGACCGGCCUCUUGAGCUACUGGAACCCUCUGACCAAGGUUUCCGUUGCGAAGCUGCUCCUCAACCUGGCGUCGCCGUGUGACCGCACCAAGGGCGAUGGACUGGGCCUUUGCCCGAGGUCGGUGGACGACAUCCCCGAGAUUCUACGGACAUUGAUCCUUGCCUUUUUGAUAAAGGGCUUCUUGACCGUGAUUGCCUUUGGGAUCAAAGUUCCCGCCGGUAUCUAUAUCCCAUCCAUGGUCGUCGGCGGCUUGAUGGGACGGAUCGUGGGCCACCUGGCGCAGUGGUUGGUGCUCGUUACACCCGACUGGGAGAUCUGGGGCGGUUGCGCAACUGCUUCCGACGGAACGUGUAUCCAGCCCGGCGUCUAUGGCUUGAUUGCUGCCGGCGCAACCAUGUGCGGUGUCACGCGGCUGUCUGUGACGCUGGCCGUCAUCCUGUUUGAGCUCACGGGCAGCCUGGACUAUGUACUGCCAUUCUCUCUGUCCAUCCUCGUGGCCAAAUGGACGGCCGAUGCCAUUGAGCCGUUGAGCAUCUAUGACCUCCUUACGAACAUGAAUGCCUAUCCUUUCUUGGACAACAAACACAAGCCCAUCUUUACAGGAGAUCUAACGGAGCUGGUCCGUCGCUUGCGAAGGGAGCGGAUCAUUGAUAUCACGAACUCGCCCAUGGUUCCCGCUUCGAGCCUUCGCACCAAGCUCGAGAUCCUGCACCGCCAUGGGGAGCUCGACGGCGGCCUGCCGAUCCUGCGAGACGAUGUCCUUGUGGGACUCAUCCCUGCCCCGGACCUUCAGUUUGCGCUGGACCAGCUUCCCGACGAGGGCUCGAACCUCUGCUUGAUGGAUCAAAUCCCUAGCAUUGAUGACGACGAUGGCAGUCAGCCGGACCCCACAGACUUUACCCAAUACAUCGAUCCGGCUCCUGUUGCAUUGGAUAUUCGGUCGCCGUUGGACCUGGCGUGGGAAUGUUUUGUCAAGCUGGGUCUGCGGUACAUUUGCGUCCUGAGAGACGGCAAAUAUGCUGGCAUGAUUCACAAAAAGACCUUUGUGAAGUAUACACGAGAACUUGAAGAGAAGCAGAGCGGCCACUAA